GCUGUCUCGGGAUUUUCCAAACUGUUGUGGAUUCGGAAGAUAUUUGCUGAUGGACUCGUUUCCGUUACAGGAUAUUGCAGCAUGAAGAAGGAGCAAGUUGUCAACUGUCAGUUUUCGGUUUGGUAUCCGAUAUUCAAGAAACACACGAUUAAAAGUCUGAUUCUUCCACUGCCUCAGAAUGUAAUUGACUAUUUACUGGACGAUGGGACACUGGUAGUCUCUGGAAGUGAUCAUAACACGCAGCAGACACACACUAACAACAGCGGCUCAGAUGCAGAGGAAGACAUUCAGUGGUCAGAUGAUGAAACAACCACCACUGUCACUGCUCCUGAGUUCCCAGAAUUCACCUCUAAAGUGCUGGAGGCCAUAAACGCCCUGGGUGGGCGCGUCUUCCCCAAACUCAACUGGAGUGCUCCACGGGAUGCCAACUGGAUCGCUCUGAACAGCUCUCUGCAGUGUAACAGCCUCAGUGAUAUAUUUCUGCUCUUCAAAAGUUCCGACUUCAUCACCCACGACCUCACGCAGCCAUUCCUUCAGUGCAGUGACCAGGACUCCCCAGAUCCAGCCAUCAACUAUGAGCUGGUCCUGAGAAAGUGGAGCGAGUUGAUUCCUGGUGGAGAGUUUCGCUGCUUCGUCAAAGAAAACAAACUGAUCGCUAUCUCCCAGAGAGACUACACGCAGUAUUACCAGCACAUCCUGAAGCAGGAGCCACAGAUCUGUCAGGCCAUUCAGGAGUUCUUCAGCCAGCACAUCCAGUACAACUUCCUGGACGAAGACUUUGUGUUUGAUGUCUACAGAGACAGUCAGGGGAGGGUGUGGCUCAUCGACCUGAACCCGUUCGGAGAGGUGACAGACUCGCUGCUGUUCAGCUGGGACGAGCUGACGUCUGGAGAAGAAAUCGCCCAGGGGCAGGAAGGCCCGGCGUUCCGCUACACCACCAGUGAGGUGACGGUGCAGCCGAGUCCCUGUCUGAGCUACAGAAUCCCACGGGACUUUGUUGACCUCUCCACAGGAGAAGACGCCUACAAACUCAUCGACUUCCUCAAGCUGAAGAAAAGCCAACAAGAAGAGUCUGACGAGGAGGAAGAGGAGGAGAAUGCUCCACAGUGAAAUCACUCAUCAGCCCUCCCAAUAAUGUCGUCCGCAUGAAGUGACUCUUCUCACUCUCUCCAAUUUGAGCCCCGUUUUUUUAAUUUCAGCCUGUAUUCUUUCACCUUCUCCUGAGAAUGGUACACGGUGUACCCAGUCUUUCCUGAGUGUCUCACCCAUGUUAGUCUAAUGGAACAUGUUAAAUUAGCGGAUCACAGUCAAGACUCCUUCUGGAUUCAUUUUGUGUCGCUGCUGAGUGCCGUCUUGCUGAUCGUAAUAGAGGCCUCUGCAGUGCCAAAUGGUUUCACAUUUUUUGUAGGGGGCAAAAUGUAUUAUUGCAAGGGGGUGUACGCGGUAACACUGUAAAAAAAAAAAAUCCUGCUUUUAUACUUUAAAAUACAUGUGUAUAAUAGUUUAUGUAUCUUCUUGCUGCCCAACUAGUGACUGAUAAUGAAGUAGACCGCACACACAUCCUGUGUUUGUGUGUUUUGAGGCUGACAGACUUCUCUAUUUAACACUAAAGCCCUUCAUCACUGAGUCACCUUUAAUUUUUCUUCCAGCUAUCCCAUCUCCUCCAUCUCUCCCUGCCAAUUUCCUCUGAGCAGUUUUGACACCCUCAUUGCUCCCGGCCGCUCCAGGCGCUCUUUUCGAGUCCUGUUUUCUCCCAUCAUGCAUCGCUGUAGACUGUUGCUCCUAUAAACACCAUUAAACUUCUUGUCGUGUAUUGA